UGCUCUCGGACUAAUAAUAGAGGGAGGCACUGCGAGGGAAAAAAUGCGAUCAGAGUUUUGGAGCCACUCACCAGAGCAAGAUGGCGCCGUCCGCGAAGUCUGCACUUGUCCUUUGUGUGGAUGUGGGUUUCUCCAUGUCCAACUCAGGCCCAGGACAGGAACCGCCCUUUGAACAGGCCAAGAAAGUCAUCCAGAAGUUUGUUAAACGGCAGGUGUUUGCAGAGAAUAAGGAUGAGUUGGGCCUCGUGUUGUUUGGAUCAGAUGCCACAAAGAACAACCUGGCCAAAGACGGCCAAUACCAGAACAUCUACGUACAUCGCAACCUCAUGAUUCCAGACUUUGGGCUGUUGGAGGAGAUCCAGAAUGACAUACAUCCUGGUGGUCAGCAGGGCGACUGGUUGGAUGCUCUGGUUGUCUGCAUGGAUCUGCUGCAGAAUGAAACGCUUGGAAAGAAAUAUGACCGUCUGAACAUUGCGGUGCUGACUGACCUGGACAGCCCCGUCAGCCCCGACCAGCUAGAUAUUAUCACAGGCAACCUGAAGAGGGCUGGCAUCACCCUGCAGUUCUUCCUUCCCUUCCCCAUGGACACAGACGAGGCCGGGGGCGGCGAUGUGGGGGGGUCCGGACCCCCCCACGGUGGUAAGGGUCUGUCCAGGGAGCAGCAGCAGGGUCUGGACCUGGUCAAACAGGUUAUGAUGUCCCUGGACGAAGAGGACGGUCUGGAUGAAGUCCAAACCUUCAGUGAUGCCAUUGAGAAGCUGUCCGUGUUCAAGCAUGUUGAGAAGAGACCAAUGGCGUGGCCCUGCACUCUGACCAUCGGCAGCUGCCUGACCAUUAAGAUCGUUGGCUACAAGGCUGUGUGUGAGGAGCGGCCCAGGAAGUCAUGGUCGGUUGUAGAUGCCCAGACACAUCAGAAGGAGGAUGUUAAGAGAGACGUAGUGUACUGUGUGGACGAUGACGAGGAGACGGAGGUCCCUAAGGACGACACCAUCCAAGGGUUUCGUUAUGGCAGUGACAUUGUACCCUUCUCCAAAGUGGACCAGGAGCAGAUGAAAUACAAGACAGACGGGAAGAGUUUUGCAGUGCUGGGCUUCGCCAAACAGAGUCUGAUCAACAGGCACCACUUUAUGGGCAAUCAGAUCCUCAAGGUGUUUGCCCCUAAAGAUGACGAGCAUGCAGGUGUAGCCUUGUCAGCUCUGAUCCGGGCUCUGGAUGAGCUGAAGAUGGUGGCAGUGGUCCGGUACGUUUAUGCUCGCAACGGAAAUCCUCAAGUUGGAGCUGCUUUCCCCUGUAUCAAGGAGAAGUAUGAGUGUCUGAUGUACGUUCAGCUGCCCUUCAUGGAAGACCUCAGACAGUACACAUUCCCCUCUCUGGAGAACAACAAGAAAUACACUCCUUCAGAGAACCAGCUAUCAGUGGUGGACUCUCUGAUUGACUCCAUGAUGCUGGUGGAGGAGAAUGAGGAUGGAGAGAAGAAAGACCUCUUCAAGGUCAACCACAUCCCUAACCCCCAGUACCAGAGGUUAUUCCAGUGCCUGCACCAUCGGGCAUUGAACCCCUCGGCCCCCCUCCCUCCUGUGGAACCCUGGCUGAUUACAGCUCUCCAGCGGCCCCAAGCAGUGGCCGCCCGCUCUCGCGCCCCUCUGGAGAAUAUGAAGAAGUUGUUCCCUCUGAAGGAGGUGGUCAAGAAGAAAGAACUAAAGACCAGCAAGGAGCUGUUUGGAAAAGGCAUUGAGGAGCCAGAUGUUAAGAAGGCCAAAGUGGAUGAGGACCAAGACUUUAACCUGGCUGACAUCACUGAGGGAAGCAUCACACAGGUUGGUAGUGUGGAUCCAGCACGAGACUUCUGCUCCCUGAUUCGUCAGAAGAGUCUUCCUUUUGGAGAGGUGUGUCAACAGCUGACCGGCAGGAUAGAGCAGUUGCUGGGCAACAAGAACACACAUUACUACAUGAAGUGCAUCAGCUGUAUUCAGUCUUUCAGAGAGCAGUCUGUUAAGAUUGGUAAUGCUGAUCACUACAACAGCUACCUCCGCUCUCUAAAGGGCAGCAUCCCAGUUCGAGGCCUUCAGGAGUUAUGGGAUCUUCUAGUCCAAGACUCCUUGACUCUGAUCAGCAAGGAUGAGGUUGACGGAAGCACGGUUUCCAAACAAGAUGCCACAGAGUUCCUCACUGCAGAGGAGAAGAAAGAGAUGACGUCAGCCCCUGUGGUGGACAGUACUGGUGACGUGGAUGACUUGCUUGACAUGAUGUGAUGAGGAGACCUGGACCGAAGCUCUUACAUCACAUAACAGCAGUGAAGCCCUCACUGUGCUCUGUAUUGACUUUAACGGUGUUCCAGUGGUUUGUUGCUUGUGACCAAUGUGGUAUUUAAAUAGUGGAAGGUGACACAUGGCUCGGAAUCGUCCUGUUUUACACGUGAUUUGUUUAGUAUGUACAAGUAUGUCAACAUUAAAUAAUAGAUCUAAUAAAUGUGUUCUUUUCUGAACUUU